AUUUUUCUGUCCCACAUGGGUCUGGUGCAGGAGUUGUACCUGGAGACUCGCUUCCAAGAAGCAGCGAUGCUUCCGGCCAAGAACAAACGGUAAGAAGGAGAGCUCAGAGAGAAGCCUCUGCUUCCUGGAAGGCAGCGCACACUAAACGCGACAGAGCAGCUUCCGGCGCGGGCCGCGUUGCUGUGGAGACGGGGGCGGGACCUCCGGCGCAGGGCGCGAAAUCCCGGGCUGCGGACCUUUGCUACAACCUUUCCCCAGCGUCGUUGAGCAGUCGCUUCCCUCAGUUAUGAGGAAGAUAAAAGGCUUUGGUUCAUCAAUAAUCUAGUCACAGAAAUACAUAUCAAUCAUUGGUUGAAUUUUCAUCAAGAGGAUUUAACAGAGAAUGGAGAAGAAGAUUAGCUCCAGGUCUUUUAGGGAUGGCGUGGUUAAGAAACCUUGUUCUCCAAAGGCACUGCCCCUCCAAAAGUCUUCUGCCUUCUCUGAGAUCCAGAGGGAGUUACCUAGAAGUUUCCACUCCUUACACUAUCAUGCCUCACAAAAUUGGACUCGACACCGGUUACGAGAACUGCGCAUCAGGUGUGUGGCCAGAAAGUUCCUGUAUUUGUGGAUUCGAGUGACUUUUGGAAGAGUGACUCCCUCUAGAGCCAGGUUUUUCCAUGAGCAGAAAAUACUACAGAAGGUCUUUGGAGGAUGGAGGGAAGAAUGGUGGGUCUCCCAGAGGGAGUGGAAACUCUGCGUUCGAGCUGAUUGUCACUACAGGUACUACUUGUACAACCUGAUUUUCCAGAGCUGGAAGACCUUUGUGUACCAGCAACGGGAGAUGAGGAAGAGGUUCCAAAGAGCCGAGCAUCAUGAUACAAAGCAGAAGAUGCGCCAAGCCUGGAAGUCCUGGUUGAUAUACAUGGUUGCUCGUAGGACCAAACUUCACAUGAAGACCACUGCUUUAGAGUUUAGGAGGCGGAGUGUCUUAUGUUUCUGGUGGAGCAAGUGGAGGUGGCGACUAGAACAAGCCCAUGCAGAGCGUGCUCUCCACGCAGUGGCUGUGAAGCACAGGGCCCUGAGCCUCCAACUGCAGGCUUGGCUGCGAUGGCGAGAACAGCUUCUCAGGAGUCAGCGUGAGAGAGGGAAGGUGGUCACUGCUGUGCAACACUAUCAACGCUGGCAGAAGCAGAGAUCUUUGAAGGCUUGGCUUAAAUACCUCUGUGCCUGCAGGGCGAAGAGAUGGCAGAAUGAGAUGGCUGUACAAUUCCACCGUGCUACUGUGCUCCAGAUACACUUCUGUGACUGGCAGUGGGCCUGGGAGUGGAGGCAGAGCUUGUCUGCCUAUCAGGCUCUGGUGGCGAAGCUGGCCAGGAGGAUGGUGCUGCGGAGGGCCUUCGCACACUGGAAGCACUACAUGCUGCUACAGGCAGAAGAGGCUGCUCAGUGUGAGGCAGCAGAAGGUCACCAUCAGCACUACCUGCUGUAUUCUUGCUUUAGAGCCUUAAAAGACAACGUGACCCAGGCCCGACUACAGCGAAUGAGGAAGAACCUUGCUCACCAGCUGCAUGAUACUACACUGCUUCACAGGUUCUGGAACCUCUGGCAGUCUCGAAUUGAACAGAGGGAGGAGAGGAUACAGCCUCCCUCACUGCAUGCAGCCCAGAGCCACUACAGGAUGACAGUCCUACGAAAGUGUGUCAGGGUGUGGUUACAGUAUGUUCACAAGAGAAGAUGCCAGCAGUUACUGCAGGCCAGAGCAGACGGUCAUUUCCAGCAGCGAGCACUGCCUGCUGCCUUCUACACGUGGUACAGAGUCUGGCGGUGGCACCAGCAGAGAUGGACCCUCCACACAAGAGCAGUGCGUUUUCACAGAGAGACAAUAGAGAAGCACAUAUUUGUUCUCUGGAGACAGAAGAUGUCUCAGCAUCGAGAAAACCGCUUGGCUGAGAGAAUGGCUAUACUGCAGGCAGAGCAGCAGCUUUUGCGUAGGUUCUGGUUUGUGUGGCACCAGCAGGCAGCAGUGUGUCACCAGGAGCGACAGAGGCAAGCCAUGGCCAUUGCCCACCACCACAGCGGGCUGCUCAGGAGGACUUUCUGCAUCUGGAGGGAAAGCACCCAAGGAUUUAGGAUAGAGAGGACGGGCAGGGCACAGGCUGCACACUUCCACUCGGCACGGCUCCUGCGUUGGGCCUGGAGCAUGUGGAGGGAGUGCCUAGCCCUGAAGAUGGAAGAGCAGCAGAAACUGAAGCGAGCAGCCCUGCACAGCCAGCGCACCCUGCUUCACAGGGCUCUGCAGAAGUGGCUGCUUUACCAGGACAGGGUGAGGAGUGUUCUACAGGAGGUGGCAGCCAGGGAGCGACAGCACACCAGGCAGCUGCUAUGGUGGGUGUUACAUCGCUGGAGAGAAAACACCAUGGCCCGUUUGGAUGGGGCCAAAAAAACCUCUCAAGCAAGAGUCCACUACAACAGGACUCUGUGCUCCAAGGUCCUGGUCCAGUGGCGGGAGAUUACGUCAGUGCAGAUAUAUUACCGACAAAAGGAGGCAGCUGCCCUCAGGGAGGCCCGGAAAGCACUCGAUAGAGGUCGUCUCCGGAACUGGUUUCAGCACUGGCGGUCCUGCAGCCAGAGGGAGGCCCAGCAGAGAUUCCAGCUGGAACAGGCGGCUCAGCAUCACCACUGGCAGCUGCUGAUGGAAGCAAUGGCCAGGUGGAAGGCUCACCAUCUGGGGUGUGUCAGAAAGAAGUUUCUGCAGAGGCAAGCUGCCCAAUUUCUGGCACAGAGACUCGGUUGGGUCUACUUCUGCCAGUGGAGGAAGCAGCUGGCAGUCAGGAGGCAAGAACAGUGGGGUACAGCCCGGGCCCUGUGGUUCUGGGCCUUCUCACUACAGGCAAAGGUGUGGACUGCAUGGCUGGGCUUCAUACUUGAGAAGAGGAGGAAGAGGGCACGGCUGGAACGGGCUAUGCAAGCCUAUCACCAGCAGCUCCUACAGGAGGGUGCCACACGCCUUCUGCGCUUCACAGCUGGUAUGAAGGCCUUCCGGCAGCAGCUCCAGGCCCAGCAGCAGCUCCAGGCAGCCCACAGCCUCCACUGUGCAGUCCGCCAUUGUGCUGAGCUCUGGAAAAAGAAGGUACUUGGUCCAGGCAAGACUUCUCAACCACCACCACCGAUCACAUUCAGCAGGAGAGUGACAUUUAAGGAUUCCUCUGUCUUUGGAUGUGCUGCUGAGGCUGGCGAUGCUACCCUGGAGACAAAGCAGCUGCGAGCUCCUUCAUCUCAGAGAGUCCUGGGGAGCUUGGCAGUAGCUGCUGGGGAGCCCUGCCUCCUAGACCUCAGUGCAGCCCGCUCAUCACGGAAACAGCCCCGACGUCCAUCCUUCCUGCUGGAGCGUCUAGGGAACCAGAGGUCCCCAGAGUGGCGCACUCCUGGGGAGCAGCAGUUAGAGAAGCCCCCGGAAAAGGGACACAGCAUGGCUCCGCUGGAAGGCUCUUCCCUGACUAGAUCCUUUCUACCUGUGGGCCUGCCCAGUGUUUCUGGUCAGAAGCUGCCUUCCACAGCAAGUCCAGGCCUGGAGCUGCUGCCUCCUUCCUCCUUCAUGCCCCAUGGGGUAGGAGACAUUGCCAGGGUGUCAACAAAGCCCAGCAUCCCUGGACCUCAAUCUUAUGGGUGCCCAUCCUUAACCAGGGACCCUGAUCCCCAUCUCCUCCUCCCUGGAGAUUCCACAAGCACCAGGACUGGGCCUGGUUAUGGCUCCGAGGCUACAGGCCACACAGAGCUUGAGGCUGAGUUGGAGGGGAUCCAGCAGCAGUUACAACACUACCAAACCACCAAGCAGAACCUUUGGUCAUGUCAGCGACAAGCCAAUAGCCUGCAUAGGUGGCUGGAGCUGAGCCAGGAGGAGCCGAGAUCUGAGGACCUUCGUCAAGAAGAGCAGGUGAAAACAGAACUGGAGGAGGUGGAACUACAGAUCCAGCAGCUGGCUAAGGAGCUCGAGGCCCAGCGUGAGCCUGUUGGUGCAUGCAUUGCUCGUGUUCGGGCCCUGAGGCGGGCUCUGUGCUAGUGGGCUCGCCCCUAGAGGACAAGUGCCAUCCUUCACAAGGCCUCGGACACCCCACCCUCAACAACAAAAUACAAGGCUACAGUAGUUUUUUGUUUUGUUUUUUAAUUUCAAAAUGUCUUGCAAUUAAAUGAGUUACUGUUCA